UAGUGCGCAGGCGCAGAGGUGUCGCAGCGCUGAGCUGAGGUGGACUUCUUCCUUUCAGUCAGUGUGAAGCAGCAGAGCAGUCCAGCAGCUGGACCUCAGGAACAACUAAAAACCUCACUGAAAACCUCCUGGACAUCGUGAUGAUUCGGAUAGCCGCCUUCCUCGCUCUGCUGGUGGUCGCCUGCUCGGGAGAGAGCUGCACAGACCCAGCCAUCACUCCGUCGGCCUACACCACCUCUGACGCCGUCAUCUCCUCUGAGUCUGUCUUCAUCGUUGAGCUCAGCCUGGCCUGUGCCAACGGAGCACAGAGUGUGACUCUGUAUGCUGAUGUCAAUGGAAGACAGUUCCCUGUUACCAGAGGACAGGAUGUCGGCAAGUACCAGGUGUCCUGGAGUCUUCCUCACAAACAGGCCAGCUCUGGAACAUAUCAGGUCAAAUUCUUUGAUGAGGAGUCCUACAGCGCCCUGCGCAAGGCCCAGAGAAACAAUGAAGAUGUAAAUGCCAUUCAGCCUCUCUUCUCUGUCAACAUUGACCACAGGGGUGCAUGGAACGGCCCAUGGGUGUCUACUGAGGUGGUGGCCGCCCUCAUGGGUAUCCUGGUCUACUACAUGGCCUUCAGUGCAAAGAGCACCAUCCAAGCAUAAAUGGGUUCACAAUCACUGGAUUGUUAAAGACUGAAUUCUGGUGGAGCUCGACCAACUAACCAUCAUCCAGUGUUGUGGCGAGCCAAAAGGAUUUUGCCACUUGAUCUGUUCGGGGACGAGGAGAAAGAGUAGCAGUCUUUGCAUUUUUCUGUUUUUUAAUUCAGACUGUGUCAGUGUGCCAUCAGUCUUAUCAAUUUUUUAGAUGAAUUUCCUCAUGAGUUUGUCUUUUCAGAGUGGAUGGGAUUUUGUAAUUUUUUGAUAAAUACCAAACAACAAACCUGGACACUAUAAGAAAAUAAAUAUGGAUCACAUCCUGAAUUCAGUCCUGCUUAAAAGACGUUGCUACUUCUGGACCAGAUUACCUUUUGUCCUUCUGUGUGGAUGCAUUGGUGGGAGUGGGACUUGUACAGAUGUGCUGAAAACCAACAGUGCAGUGAAGACCUCACAGCACAUGAAUCACGUGACUGUACUGGCUGGUCUGAACAGGCCGAGUGUAAAAGUCUCUUCCAGUAAAUUGAAUAAAUGGCUUGUUUCUCUUCCGA